GUUCCAGCUGUACUCCCUCUACUGUACACUCCUCUCCUCUACUGUUAUCAGACUGUUGAGCCCAGCCUGUGUGGACUGACUGAAGCAAUGAAUGCAGGCAUCUGUGUAUGUGUACUGCUGGCUGCGUUCUCUGGCAGCAGUUUGGGGCGCCCGUCGCACUCGCAGGAUGAGGACAAGCCUGAGCCCCCCCAGCUCGACAGCGUUAUGUCUCCCCAACACACACGCCACACCCGCUCAGCACCCUCCAGUGGCCAGCUCAUCCCCUUCUCCAAACCGGCAGAGGACGAGGCAGAGGACCCCCGCACCAGCCUGCGCGAACUACUGGCAAGAUUGAUAUCCAGGAAAGGAUCAUUGCAGAGGAGCUCGUCCCUGAGCAGCAGAGCCAGCGGUCCGGGUCCCAGCCACAAGAUAAAGGACAGAGACUACCUGGGCUGGAUGGACUUCGGACGCCGCAGUGCAGAGGAGUACGAGGAGUACUCCUCAUAGAAACAGACGCACCACCACUAAAUCCAUCUCGAUUAUCAGAAAACAAAAAAAUCAUUGUCCCCAAAAGCUAUAUUUAUUAUGAUGUAUUUGAUGUAAAUGUGUUUGUAAAACUGAUAUGAAGCAAUAUAUAUAUACAGUACGUAUACAGAUUUUUGAAG